AUGACGAUCCUGCCCAAGAAGAAGGCCUGCCCGGCUGCCGGAGACGGAGAUAGGGACCAGCCCGGCUCGAGAGGGGGAGGCCCCGGCGGCCCAGGGGGCCCCGGCGGCGUAGGCGGCCCUGACUCCCGGGGCUGCUCCGGCGCCGAUUCCCACCCGCGCGGCGUCGGCGUUGGAGGAGGCGUCGGACCCGGGGAUCCGCAUUCCGGGCGCGGCGGAGCCCGUCCCCGGGCUUCGCCUCCCCCGCCGCCGCCGCGCUGGGGACUGCCCCCCGCCGGGUCCCCUCCGCCGCCCAAUCCCGGAGUUGGAGCCGGGGGGGACGGGCCCGGCCUCGGCCUACUCGACCCCGGAGCGGCCGAAGCGCGGGGCGGAGUAGGCGGCGGCUGCUGCUCCGGGCCCGGCCACAGCAAACGGCGACGGCAGGGGGGGCCUGGCGGCGGGCUAGGGCUCGGCGGGGCGGCGGGGCCUGGGGGAGGGGGAGGCAAUAGUCCCGAGGAAGAUGAGGUCGGCGCCGGCUACAACAGCGAAGAUGAGUACGAGACGGCGGCAGCCCGCAUCGAGAGCAUGGACCCGGCCACCGUCGAGCAGCAGGAACACAGGUUCGAGAAGGCGCUGAGAGAGAAGAAAGGGUUCAUCAUAAAACAGAUGAAGGAAGAUGGGGCCUGCUUGUUCCGGGCUGUGGCUGACCAGGUAUACGGUGACCAAGACAUGCACGAAGUGGUCAGGAAGCACUGCAUGGACUACUUGAUGAAGAAUGCCGACUACUUUUCCAAUUACGUGACGGAGGAUUUCACCACUUACAUUAACCGCAAGCGGAAAAACAACUGUCAUGGCAACCACAUUGAGAUGCAGGCUAUGGCAGAGAUGUACAACCGACCUGUGGAGGUUUACCAGUAUGGCACAGAGCCCAUCAAUACUUUCCAUGGCAUCCAUCAGAAUGAGGAUGAGCCCAUCCGGGUGAGCUAUCACCGCAACAUACAUUACAACUCCGUGGUGAACCCCAACAAGGCUACCAUUGGGGUGGGACUAGGGCUGCCCUCCUUCAAGCCAGGGUAUGCAGAGCAGUCCUUGAUGAAGAAUGCCAUCAAGACCUCGGAGGAGUCCUGGAUCGAGCAGCAGAUGCUGGAGGAUAAAAAGCGAGCGACCGACUGGGAAGCCACCAACGAGGCUAUCGAAGAACAGGUUGCCAGAGAGUCUUAUUUGCAGUGGCUGCGUGACCAGGAAAAGCAGGCCAGACAGCCCCGCAAAGCCAGUGCUACUUGCAGCUCUGCCACGGCGGCCGCAGCGAGCGGUUUGGAAGAAUGGAGUGGUCGUUCCCCACGUCAGCGCAGCUCAGCUUCUUCCCCGGAACACCCCGAGCUGCACAACGAGCUGAAUGCUGCCAAGCCCCCUUCUCCUGGAAGCACCGCAGCCCUAGCACUUACCAAGCCCCCCUCGCCAUGUGCUCCAGGUACAAGCAGCCAGCUGUCUGCAGGCGGCGGGCGAGUAACCCCUCCCUUAGUGUCGUUGUAUCCAGCCCUGGAGUGCCGGGCAAUAAUGCAACAGAUGUCACCCACAGCAUUUGGUCUGAGUGACUGGGAUGACGAUGAGAUCCUGGCUUCGGUGCUGGCCGUUUCGCAACAGGAGUACUUGGAAAGCAUGAAGAAAGGUGCCCUGCACCGAGACAGUGGUUCUGACAAGAGUUGAUACCUGGUUCCGGCUCUUGCGCUCGCCUGACACCCCUUUGGUGUGCAUGUUUUGGCAGGAAGGAUGAUAACACUUGGAACCCCUCCCCUCCUCCACUGCUGCUGAUCAACGCUCCUUCAGCUGCCCCUUUGCUCCCCACUUUUGGCUCUCCGCAGAAGACUCCCCCCUCUGGUGCGCUGAGAAACAGACAGGUGCAAAAGAGAGACAGGAUCUCUUCCCCAAGGAGCUGAAACACUCACAAACUGGGGCAUGCUGGGCUUCCCCUUCAUCUGCC